UUUCGUGACGAGGAAUUCGCCGAUGCCUGUUUGGAAAUAAAUAAUCCGGUUUUGAAUAAAUGGGAAUUUUUCUCGGAGUCAUACAAUAAAGACAUCAAAGUUUUCAAAAGCAGUCAAGAUUCGAAUUCAUUUGCAUUCAAGCUAUAUGGAAAGAUUGAUACCCCGCCAAACAUAUGCGCAGAGGCCGUCCUUGAUUUGGAUUAUAGAAAAAAAUGGGACCCGUAUUUGAAAGAGGUGAAUGUCAUAUCGACGACAUCUUUCAAGGCCUGUUACUGGCUGACUACCCUACCAUUCCCAAUCUCAAAUCGCGACUUCGUGUUCGUACAAGAAAUGAGAGAAUUAGUGUACAACAACAAACAUUAUUGGGUGAUAUUAUCGAAGGUGGACGACAGUUUGAACAGGCUGGUCCCCAAUAAGAAAGGGGUCCUUAGGGUCUCGUCAAGCAGUCAGACCAUUGCGCUAACUUCAGAUGGCAAUACUGGAUGUCGGGCUUUCUGCCAUUACUCUGAAGUGCCAGGAACAAAAAUCCCGACAUGGUUUUUGAACUGGGCAGCUAAAAAGGGCGUUCCGUCUUUCCUUGAUAAGAUAUGCCUGGCCUGUGCAAACUAC